AUGGCAUCAAAUAAAGGCCAAGACCAAUGGCCUAAGGAAGACAUUGUGAAGUUACUGGACCGCCUGAAGAAGAAUCUGCCAUCCAAUGACAAACGCACAUUCAAAACAACCCAGUCACGUAUGGACUGGCGAAAAGUAGCUUUUAAAGGUUAUUCUGGAGAAAUGUGCAAACUCAAGUGGUUAGACAUUUCUAGGAAGAUAAGAAAGUAUCGGACCUUGACAGAAUUAGUCCGGGAAGCUAAAGAACAUGUUAAAAAUUCCAAAAAAAGCAAAAACCUCACGAAACAUCCAGACAUGCCCAAGCAGCCCCUGGGUCCUUACAUUCGCUUCUUCAUGGAGAAUCGGCUUGAGUAUUCCCAAAUGCACCCCAAACUCAGGUAUCAUGAACUGACUAAGAUCAUGUCUAAGAAAUACAAGGAGCUCCCAGAGGCAAUGAAGCUGAAAUAUACUGAAGGUUUUCUGAAGGAGAAACAGGAGUUUAAGGAGAAACUGGCUCAGUUCAGGAAAGACCACUCUGAGCCUGAGCAGAACUCCAAGACCUCUGUUGUCCCCAAAGGGAGCCCAAGCAGAGCCCCCAAGAAGCAUAAGGGAAAUAGGAAAAAAGUGAAGUCUUCCCCCAAAACCUAUUUUUCUAAGUUUAAAUUCCGUGGAGAGCCCAAGGAGCCCCCCAUGAACGAAGCCCAGAAGUUCCAGCAGGAUUUGUGGUCCAGUAGGCAACUGAAAGGUCUGUCCAUAAAGGAGCGGAUGAAAGAAAUUGGUAAACGCUGGCAGAUCCUCCCAAGGAGCCACAAAGAGUAUUAUAGGCAGCAGACUGAGAAGCUGCAGAAACAGUACAAGGUGGACCUGAAGCUCUGGCUCAAAAGUCUGUCUCCUGAAGAGUACACUGCCUACAGCAAGAGCGCCUCAGGGAAGCGUAAGAUCAUGAACAUGUAUGGAAGCCUGGACCCAAAGAUCGUCAGGACAAAUGUGCAGUCUCCAUCAGCAAGGACUCGGAGAAAAGGGCUUGCACAGAACCAGGGGCCGGCUCCUGGGAUGGCAUCUUCAGAGACUUAUGGGGACCAUUCUCAUGCCUCACGGGGUUCUGAAGAAAAGAAGGAGCACGAGGCAAAGGCAGAAAGCAGCUCCCCAGACUCCAGCAGUAACGAUGAAGAUAACAGCAACUGUAA